UUUCACAUUAUCCUUGGGUAUACACACCAUAUACUCAGAUCAAAGAAACAAGAAAAGAUGUCUGUUGUGACAGAGGAAAUCAAAGGCAAAACAGAAGAAGUGUACCAUGGAGAUGAGAUAUGCCAAGAGAAAUCAAAAGAAUUACUCAAAGAAAUAGGGCUUCCAAAUGGGCUUUUGCCAUUGAAAGACAUUGAAGAAUGCGGGAUUAUAAGAGAAACAGGUUUUGUUUGGUUGAAGCAGAAAAAAAGCACAACCCACAAGUUUGAGAAGAUUGGGAAGCUUGUUUCUUAUGCUACUGAAGUCACAGCCACUGUAGAGAAGAACAAAAUCAAGAAACUCACUGGAGUUAAGACCAAAGAGCUUUUGAUUUGGGUUUCACUGAGUGAUAUCUAUGUUGAUGAUCCACCCACUGGAAAAAUCACCUUUCAAACACCAGCAGGGCUAUACAGGACUUUUCCAGUUUCAGCUUUUCAGGUUGAAGAGCCAGUAAAGGCAGUGAGUGAGAAGAAAGAACAAGUGGUGGAAACUGUUGAAGUCAAGGAGAUCUAGAAGCACUCCAUCUCCAUGUGAGGGCAUUGUCUUAUCUCCAACCACAAAAUAACAAACUUCAUUUCUAGUUUCAAUCCAACUCUUACCCCCACUUCUCACUUAAUCGUUGUUCAUCCUUUUCUCCUGGAUUGGAAAAUCCAUAAGCUUUAUAAGCUCCUAGCGAAAAUGACAACUCUCCAAAAGUAUAUCUUCACAAGGCUAUAAUACUGUGUACUUUGGGGAUAAACCCUCAGUUGGCAAAAUCUUCAUAUCCUAUACUUCAAAUUUCUAAUAAUUUUUUAA